UGGGGUCUUCUUCUCAUGGCCAAAUACCCUGAAAUACAAGCCAGGGUUCAAGAUGAGAUUGACCGAGUGAUCGGUGGACGUCAGCCAGUGGCGGAAGACAGGAAGAACUUAUCAUAUACAGACGCUGUGAUCCAUGAAACCCAGAGAUUUGCAAACGUAAUACCCCUUGGUUCCCCUCAUCAGACCACCUGUGAUGUUCACCUGAAUGGAUACCUCAUCAAGAAGGUCUGGCUCCAGUAAGAACAUGCAGUGUUCUUGAUUAUGUGUUUGCACC